UCAUAUAUAAACAAGAACACGCGAUAUUUUUAUUAUUCGAACUGCGUUACAAGAAGAAAAUGGCGUCACCAACUAAAUCUCCAUCCAAAAAACCCGCCGUCAAGAAAGCACCCAGACUUCACCCCUCCUUCCUGGAUAUGGCCGUGGAAGCCAUCACUGCCAGCACAGACUCUAAGGGCGCAUCCGUACCCUCCAUACGAAACUACAUCACAGAGAAAUACAAAACUGUGGACCCCACGACAGUUAAAUUUCGAUUGAAGCAGGCGCUGACUUCGGCGCUCGAGAAAAACGUGAUCGUUAAGUCCAAGCAGUCGGACGACAGACCCCUAAUGUCCAGUCGGUAUAGGAUCAACAAAGCGAAGCAGGCAGCAGAGAAGAAAAAGAAAGCUAAGGCCGAGGAGAAGGAGGGGACAAUGGAGAAACCGGUAAAGGAAAAGAAAAAGAAGGAACCCGCGGCAAAGAAAUCUCCCGCCGCAAAGAAAUCGCCCGCGCCCAAGGCCAAGAAACCGGCCAAAGAGAAAGUCAAGAAAUCGCCAGCCAAAAAGAAAGCUACAUUGACGAAGAAAAAGACCCCAGUCAAAGUGGCAAAGCCAAAGACGCCGAAAAGACCUCAGAGUGCAAAGAAAAUCAAAACAUCAAAGUGAACAGCGAUCACAUAAAUGUACAUACCUGAGUGCGCGUAACGUGUGGUUCUAUAAACAUGCAUGUGUGUAACUGGACGGUGAAGGUGCUCUAAUUUAUUAAUAGUGCGGAAGAUUGACUGCGAUAUGGUUUUAUUUUAUUUGUUUUUAAUCUACUGAUUGCAAAUGGCUGCAUUAUAAACUUAGUAUUUGAAUAUUUUUAAAUAAACCUGUAAUUUUUAUACAAAA